AUGCUCGCAUCAACCGGCAUAAACGCGUAUUCUUCGCGCUCGUUCGCGUCCAGAUUCGCGUCUUCUUCGUCCUCUUCUUCUCCUUCUUCCUCUUUUCGCAAAGCGGCGGCGGCGAAAGCUUCGACGACGACUAAUCGAUUCAGCGCGUUGUUCGUCUCGUCAGCAUUUCCCCAAAGCGACGACACCACUCCGAAAGGCAACACCAAAGAAAACGACGACACAAACACCUCAGCACUAUCAUCAUCAUCAUCAUCAUCAUUUAGCUUCUCGAAAGAUGCCAUCGAUUCCGCGUCCAUUACGAUUGGUUCGACCGCAUUCGCGCACUUCGUGACUGCGUUUCCAGCUUUUGCAGAUGAAGGUCUCGAGGCAGCUCCAGGGGUCCUCGACGGCCAAACGAGCAAGAGUUACUACGCGACGUUAUUUUUGUUCGUGUUAUCCGCACCUGGGUUGUACUCGUUGGUGAAACGGUCCGCGAAAUCGAAGAUUUCGAGAAAGACGUUCGAACUUCCGGGUCCGAUGGCGGCCGGGGACGCCGCGUUGCCGUUGGACGACGUCGCGAGAGAGAUUUCGAUGUACUUCAAGAGGAACAACUACGUGGUCGCGGACGCCGGGGAGGUGAUUACGUUUGAAGGGAACAUCGCGCCGGAACGAGGGACGGCGGCGUACAUUACUUUUUGUAUCGCCGUUGGUCUCUUGUGCGUUGGUUUGGUGUGUUCAAUCGCCUUGCCCGGCGGGAAUCUCUGGUACUCUUUGGCGUUAAUUUCGCCUCUGAGCGGAAAGUAUUACUUGGAUAACGCCGGACGAAAAGAAAAAGUAAAAGUGAAAAUGGUCGAUAACGAGGUCACGACAGAUGUCAUCGUCGAAGGCGACGCGGAAGAAAUCGAAAGGUUUCGAAGAGAUUUGAACUUGUGCGAGAAAGGGAUGGUCAGAGUGAAAGGGAUAUUGGAGCAGUAA